AUGGAUCAGGGAGAAGGCGGCGGCCAUGAGGGCUUCAGCAAGAGGACUAGACUCUCUCGACGUCCUGCUACUGAUUACAGCGCGAACAUGGCACAGUUUGUGCACAACCGCCGGCCACAGUAUAAAGGAACCAUGGGAUUCGAGAUGGAGAGACCCAGUGCUAGUUACGUGAUAGACACGCUCCUGCCACCAGCCCGCAGAGGCAAUGCAGUAGAUUCAGUACCGGCUAGACACUUGCAUUCGUCUCUGAACAAGAUGCGCCAUCCUGUCAACGUGGUGAAAUGGACGCCGGAAGGAAGGCGUCUGCUUACUGGUUCAACAAGUGGUGAAUUCACCCUCUGGAACGGAACGGCGUUCAAUUUUGAAACCAUUAUGCAGGCUCACGACAGCGCGGUAAGAGCAGUGGCAUACUCACACAGCAACGACUGGCUCAUCUCCGCCGAACAAGCUGGUAUCGUCAAAUACUGGCAACCAAACUUCAACAACGUCAAGUCUCUACAAGCGCACAACGACCCAGUCAGAGAUUUGGCAUUUGCGCCUACUGACACCAAGUUCGUAACGGCAGCAGAUGACGCUCAUCUCAAGAUCUUCGAUUUUGCCGGCGGCGCGGAGGAGCUCGUGUUGGAAGGCCAUCAAUGGGACGCCAAGUGCGUUGAUUGGCACCCUACCAAAGGAUUGUUGGUAUCUGGCUCAAAAGACCAUCAGAUCAAGCUUUGGGAUCCUCGAAAUGGGCGAUGUCUUACAACGCUUCACGGACACAAGAAUACUGUGAGCAAGACCUUGUUUGAACCGACAAAUGGUGUGCUGCUGGCGUCUUGUGCCCGUGAUUCGACCGCAAGAGUGUUUGACAUUCGUAUGAUGAGAGACGUUUUCCUACUGCGUGGUCAUGAAAAGGAUAUCAGCACGCUUGCUUGGCACCCGAUCCACUCAAACUUCCUAUCGACUGGAGGUGCUGAUGGUGCAAUGCAUCACUACCUGCUAGACGAGCAAAACCUACCGGCUGGCUCAGCGCCCACAUUGUCGCCCUACGACGCGCCAGAAAACUCGGAUGCGCCUGCUCAAACCAUAUACCCUGCGCACCGUGUCACCUACGCCCAUGACUUUGCCAUCUGGAGUAUGGAUUGGCAUCCUCUUGGCCACAUUCUGGCUUCUGGAUCUAACGACAGAGCAACUAGAUUCUGGUCAAGGCCAAGACCGGGAGACAGCACGUACAAGGACGAUCGAUGGCAUAUUGGUCAAACAGCAGCAGAAGCUCAAGGAACGUGGAAGCGUACAACAGAUCGAGCAGCUAGGGAUGAGGAAGAAGAACAGGAAGACGAGGCGGAUGGUCUCGUCGAUCAACAAAUGCCCGCGCGACAGAACAUGUUGCCUGGUCUUGCUGGUCUGCCUGGUAUUUCUGCACCCCGACCGGCAUUCCCAGAUGGAACAAGUACUGGAGGAGCCCAAGCACUACCGAUGCUAGGCAUGGGAGGCAAUGGGCUACCUUUCCCCGGUGGCCCCCCGAUGCUCGGAGCUCAGGGCUUGCCGUUCACUCUACCACAUGGUGGCGCACCACCGCUGCCCGGAAACAUGGACAUGGAGAAACUCAAGCAGAUGUUUGGUGGGCAACUUCCGCCGAUGCCUCCACCAGGAGCACAGCAAGGAUUCCCACCACCUCCACCACCUGGAUUUCCCGGUGCACAAGGCCUUCCGCCGCCGCCAAUGCCUUUCCCUGGCUUCUCUGGUGUGCCGCCCAUGCCUCCUCCAGGCUUCCCAGGAUUUCCUCCAGGCAAUAAUGCACCUCCCGAUCUACAGGGACAGAACAGGAGGAGAGCACCUUUACCGAGUCAGAGUGAGAGUUUGCAGGAGGAGAUUAGGAGAGGAAAAUACCCUAGGGCAAGGUGA